AGAAUCGAUUGCAUCACCGUGGACUGGACUUGUUUGAUAGCCGUUAAACUAAUCCCUCCUUUCAAAGAGUGCGUCCUCGCGUUAGUUUGCGACUCUACGUCUACGUCUACAGGAACGCGCUCACAGGCCAAGCACACGCACUGUCGUGGAUGCAAGGUCCGAUCCCACUUCUGACACCAGUGUAAUUAAACAGCAGGGAGCAGGUCUCGAACCCUCGACCUUCUAAGCCCCCGGUCCGGCGCGCUAUCGACUGUGCCGCAAAAGCAUGCUCGUACGGCAGAAUCGAUUUCCGCGUUUAUAAACAGUAUUAUUGAGCCUGGAAUCUGAGGAAUCCAGCGGACAGACAGGUUUGGUAGCAUGUAAAUAAGUAUGUUCUUGAGUUAGUUGAUGCACGGCACGGUAGCAAGUUCCUCGAUGUACAGUUGAAGUCGGAGGUUUACAUACAUCUCAGCCAAAUACAUUUAAACUCAGUUUUUACAAUUCCUGACAUUUAUUCAAAGUAAAAAUUCCCUGUCUUGAGUUAGUAUCACCACUUUAUUUUAUGAAUGUGAAAUGUCAGAACAAUAGUAGAGAGAAUUAUUUAUUUCAGCUUUUAUUUAUUUCAUCACAUUCCCAGUGGGUCAGAAGUUUACAUACACUCAAUUAGUAUUUCGUAGCAUUGCCUUUAAAUGGUUUAACUUGGGUCAAACGUCAGGUAGCCUUCCAUAAACUUCCCACAAAUUGGGUGAAUUGUUUGUACAGCUGAACAUGGUACCUUCAGGCAUUUGGAAAUUGCUCCCAUGGAUGAACCAGACUUGUGGAGGUCUACAUUUUUUUUUCUGAGGUCUUCGCUGAUUUCUUUUGAUUUUCCCAUGAUGUCAAGCAAAGAGGCACUGAGUUUGAAGGGCUCAUAAUGGCUGAAAUGGAGCAUCCUACACAGCAAGGAGUCUGCAGGAUGAUAAGCUAUUGCACAUUGGUCUUGUGUCUCAUGCCACAGAUGACAUGGGCUAAAGUGAGCUACAAGUAAGGGGAUCCCAAAACCCUACAUUUCAACAAAGUUGGUCCUUACCACAACCCCCAGAGAACAUAUCAUUACUACAUGUUGUCUGUUUGCAGGCCAUAAGAGGACCAUGAAUGCAUAUGAAUAUGCAAAUAUAUGACUAAUGAUUUUAUGCUUGUAUGGCUCUUCAGUUAACUGAACUGUAUGUUAGCAGUACUGUAUAUAAUAUCUCUAUGAGGACUUAGCAUAUAAUGUCUGAGAAACUUUUCUCCCCACGUGCUCCAUAAGUCCCUUACUGUGGGAGAAGUGCUUGAUGGAGAUUGGAUGACAGAGUCCCUGUAUAAAAUCAAAUUCUGUGAGAAUACAGGAAAAAAAAAAGUCACUGCCAUCUAAGUCUAACAGAGAAAGAGGUGGACCAGCUCCGAGAGGCCAUAGAGGAGCCGUAUUACUUUGAGUUUGUCCUGGAUGACAUUACCACCUGGGGCUUUGUGGGAUACAUGGAGGAGAGUGGCUUCCUGCCUCAACGUCAUUAGGAGGGUCAGUCGGUCGUUCUUCAGUUCUAUCUCCCUUUACAUCCCAGUACAGACCCAUGUCUACGGGCUCUGUCUGUCUGUCUGUCUGUCUGUCUGUCUGUCUGUCUGUCUGUCUGUCUGUCUGUCUGUCUGUCUGUCUCUGUCUGUCUGUCUGUCUGUGUGUACACAGGUAGGGCUGUGGACACACCUGGACUUCAACAUUGUGUACAACGGCGACUCUGUGAUCUUUGCCAACGUCUCAGUGAAGGACUCCAAGCCAGUGCCUCUGGAGGAGGGUGGCGGUGGCGUCAGACACGGGUUUGUGGGGACAGGCGGCAGGCUGGCACUGUCCUUCACCAACAGCGUGCACUGGUUUGAUAGCCCUCUGACCCACACCCGGCUGGCAGAGAGGCUGAGGGACUACUCGUUCUUCCCCAAGACUCUGGACAUCUCCCUGGUGCUGGUGGUGCUACUGCUGGGCUUUGACAUCAUCCUCAUCCAGGUCCUCAAGAACAACUUCGCCAGGUGACCAAUUAGGUACAAUGUUGAGGAGGGGAGCUGUGAUGAUCUGGACCAAGGGGACAGUGACUGGUAAAUCAUCCAAACGGACGUUUUCCGGGUCCCUCCAUAUAAAAGCCUGCUGUGUGCCGUGUUGGGAGUGGGAACUCAGUUUCUAACCCUGGUGACAGAUACAUGGCCAGUGCCUGGUCUGGACAAUCCUUCUCACUCUUCUCAGGUGACUUGACCGAUUUUAUGUGUGUCUUGUUGCUGUAGGGAUCAUCGUCAUGGCGUUGCUGGGAAUGUUUAACGUGCAUCGUCAUGGUGCUAUCAACUCGGCGGCCAUCAUGCUGUACGCGUUGCCGAGUUGUGUGUCAGGAUACUGCUCCUGUAGCUUCUACACACAGACACGUGGCCAGUGCCUGGUCUGGAAUAUCCUCUACACAGAUACGUGGCCAGUGCCUGGUCUGGAAUAUCCUCCUCUAAACACAGAUACAUGGCCAGUGCCUGGUCUGGAAUAUCCUCUACACACAGGUACAUGGCCAGUGCCUGGUCUGGAAUAUCCUCUACACACAGAUACAUGGCCAUCUGCUGGGUCUGGAAUAUCCUCCUCUACACACAGGUACAUGGCCAGUGCCUGGUCUGGAAUAUCCUCUACACACAGAUACAUGGCCAUCUGCUGGGUCUGGAAUAUCCUCCUCUACACAGAUACAUGGCCAAUGCCUGGUCUGGAAUAUCCUCUACACACAGAUACAUGGCCAGUGCCUGGUCUGGAAAAUCCUCCUCUACACACAGAUACAUGGCCAGUGCCUGGUCUGGAAUAUCCUCUACACAGAUACAUGGCCAGUGCCUGGUCUGGAAUAUCCUCCUCUACACACAGAUACAUGGCCAGUGCCUGGUCUGGAAUAUCCUCUACACACAGGUACAUGGCCAGUGCCUGGUCUGGAAUAUCCUCUACACACAGAUACAUGGCCAGUGCCUGGUCUGGAAUAUCCUCUACACACAGAUACAUGGCCAGUGCCUGGUCUGGAAUAUCCUCUACACAGAGAUACAUGGCCAGUGCCUGGUCUGGAAAAUCCUCCUCUACACACAAUACAUGGCCAGUGCCUGGUCUGGAAUAUCCUCCUCUACACACUGAUACAUGGCCAGUGCCUGGUCUGGAAAAUCCUCCGCUACACACAGAUACGUGGCCAGUGCCUGGUCUGGAAUAUCCUCCUCUACACACAGAUACAUGGCCAGUGCCUGGUCUGGAAUAUCCUCUACACACAGAUACGUGGCCAGUGCCUGGUCUGGAAUAUCCUCUACACACAGAUACGUGGCCAGUGCCUGGUCUGGAAUAUCCUCUACACACAGAUACAUGGCCAGUGCCUGGUCUGGAAUAUCCUCCUCUACACACAGAUACAUGGCCAGUGCCUGGUCUGGAAUAUCCUCCUCUACACACAGAUACAUGGCCAGUGCCUGGUCUGGAAUAUCCUCUACACACAGAUACGUGGCCAGUGCCUGGUCUGGAAUAUCCUCCUCUACACACAGAUACAUGGCCAGUGCCUGGUCUGGAAUAUCCUCUAUAUACAGAUACAUGGCCAGUGCCAGGUCUGGAAUAUCCUCUACACACAGAUACAUGGCCAGUGCCUGGUCUGGAAUAUCCUCUACACACAGAUACAUAGCCAGUGCCUGGUCUGGAAUAUCCUCCUCUACACACAGAUACAUGGCCAGUGCCAGGUCUGGAAUAUCCUCCUCUACACACAGAUGCAUGGCCAGUGCCAGGUCUGGAAUAUCCUCUACACACAGAUACAUGGCCAGUGCCUGGUCUGGAAUAUCCUCUACACACAGAUACAUGGCCAGUGCCAGGUCUGGAAUAUCCUCCUCUACACACAGAUACAUGGCCAGUGCCUGGUCUGGAAUAUCCUCUACACAGAUACAUGGCCAGUGCCUGGUCUGGAAUAUCCUCCUCUACACACAGAUACAUGGCCAGUGCCUGGUCUGGAAUAUCCUCCUCUACACACAGAUACAUGGCCAGUGCCUGGUCUGGAAUAUCCUCUACACAGAUACAUGGCCAGUGCCUGGUCUGGAAUAUCCUCCUCUACACACAGAUACAUGGCCAGUGCCUGGUCUGGAAUAUCCUCCUCUACACACAGAUACAUGGCCAGUGCCUGGUCUGGAAUAUCCUCUACACAGAUACAUGGCCAGUGCCUGGUCUGGACAAUCCUUCUCACUCUUCUCAGGUGACUUGACCGAUUUUAUUUUAUUUUCACUCCAUAUAUAUCGUAAAUGUUAUGUUCCAUAUAUUGUACAUUUAAUGUAUUUUUGUCAAGUCUGGUAGAGUUUCAAUUACAAUAAAACUUUUACACAGUAUGUGUGUAUUUUCAGCA